AUGCCAGCCAAUGGUACCAUUAACGUAGCAGAAGAUAAUGUUUCUGAUGGUGAUUCUACAAAGAAAUAUAAAGAUGAUUUAGAUUACUUGAAGCAUAGUCAUACUCUUUCAAACAAUGUGAAGAUACCUCCUAUUGGACUUGGAUGUUGGAUGGUAGGUACUGUAACUUAGGGCGCAGCCUUAGCUAUGAUCAGAUUAAGGUAGGGCAGAAAGCUAGGAUAUGGGAAAAGUAAGGCUACUCCAGAACUACAGUAGAACUGAGGUAGAGCUUCGUAGAGCUAGGACAAGCAUAAAGUAAGGCAGGGGAAAGUUAGGGUUUUAAACAAGGGUAGGGCAGGAUAAGAUAGUGUAGAAGAAUAAUAUAGGGUAGGAUAAGAUCGAAAAAAUAGGGCGAAGUAGGGUAGGUCAGGGCAGAGUAAAGUAAAGGUAGGGUAAGGUAGGGUGGGGUACAAUAGAGUAGGGUACAACAGAGUAGGGUAGGGUAGGUCAGGGCAGGGUAAAGUAAAGGUAGAGUAAGGUAGGGUAGAAUAGGGUAGGGCAGGGUAGAAUAGGGUAGGGUAGCGUAAGGUAGGGUACCGUACGGUAGCGUAGGAUAGAAAAGCUGGAGAAAAAUGUAAAAUACGGCCUCGUAAGUUGAGAACUUCGAAAUCAUGUUUAGGGUAAUGCAACAGAAGAAGAAGUUCGAAAAACGAUAAAGAAUGCAAUAGAAGCUGGUUAUCGGUACUUCGACACAGCUACAUUAUAUGGUAAUGAAAGAAUAGUCGGUGAAGUGGUACGAGAAGCGAUCGACCAGAAAUUAGUGACCCGAUCAGAGCUUUUUAUAUCGACCAAACUGUCGUUCAUUUCUCAUCGACCAGACAAUGCAGAAAAGGCAAUUUUAAAAUCGUUGGAAGUGCUUGGACUGGACUAUUUGGAUAUGUAUUUGAUGCAUACUCCUUUGCCUUUUAAAGUAUGGUUAUUACAAUGAAAAAUGGCGAGAACUUUCUUUACAAAAUAAAAAAUGGCAAGAACUUUGUUUAAAAAACAAGCAAUGGCAAGAACUUUCUUUACAAAGCAAAAAAUAGCAAGAACUUUGUUUACAAAACAAAAAACAGCAAAAACUUUAUUUACAAGGCAUAAAAACGCAGGAACUUUCUUCACAUAUCAUAAAGGUGCAAAAACAUUAUUUACAAAUCCAAAAGUGUAAUUUUUUUUACUUUCCAGCCAAAUGAAGAAAUGACAGAAGCCCUAAGAGAUGAAGACAAAAACUUUAUUGUAGAAGACAUACCCUUGAUUAAUACCUGGAGAGUGCUAGAGAAAUAUUACAAAAAAGGUGUCAUCAAAUCACUAGGAAUCUCUAAUUUCAAUAUUGAACAAACUAAACAAGUUCUUGAUCAAUGUGAAGUUCCACCUCAUAAUUUGCAGGUAAACGACCAUUUUAUCGACUGAUCAAUUUUUCUAAAAGCUAUAAUUAUGCCGUACCUAAUCCUGAUCUACCCUAGUUUACCCUACCAUGCCGUAGUUUAUCAUACCCUAUUCUACCCUACCUUACCCUUUUCUUUCCUACUCUACAUUACCCUACCAUACAAUACCCUGUCCUAUCAUAUAUUAGCCUACAUUACUCUACCCUACCCUUUAAUUUCUAAUCCUAUUCUAGACUGAAAUCCACAUCUACCUCUCCCAAUCUCAACUAGUUGAUUACUGCAAAGCUAACAACAUUACCGUAACCGGCUACAGCACUCUCGGCUCUCCAGGACGUAAAGAAAACCCUGUGGGUAGUUUCGUCGAUGGCUCGUGUUUGGAAAAUGAAAUUGUAAAAAGAUUGGCAGUAAAGUAUGGCAGAACGACUGGUCAAAUAUUAUUGAGACACGCCAUUCAACGAGGUCUUAUUGUCAUACCUAAAAGCUCAAAUCCCGUUAGAUUGAAACAGAAUUUGAAUAUUUUUGACUUUAAAAUUAGCCCUGAGGAAAUAGUUGAACUGGAUGGAGAAGAUCAGGACAAACACUUCUUUCCUUUUGACUUGUAAGUUUAAAAAAGUUCUUGCCAUUAUUUGUUUUGUAAAGAAAGUUCUUGCCAAUUUAAGCUUUGUAAUAAAAGUUCUUGCAAUUCUUUGUUUUAUAAAGAAGGUUCUUGCUAUUAUAUAAAUUAAUAUUGCAGUGCUUAUCACCAUCCAAACUAUCCAUUUACAAGGCCAAUUGAUAGUUCAACUGCAACGACUACAGGUUUAGCUUCAGAAGGCCGUCAUCAGGCAUAA